AUGGUGGACACUAAUAAAGAUGUUAUAGAUGAAACUAAAAAUGAUUAUGUCAAAGAUAAUGAUGAUAAAAAGAUAAAAGAAAAUGAUGUUGUUGUCUCUAAAGAAGAAGAAGAUGAUGAUGAUGAUAAUCCAAAUGAUAAAAAGGAAAACAAUGAAAAUGUAGAAAUAGAGUCGUUUGAAUAUCUUCUGGAGAACGAUGACCAAAAUGAAACAGUUUGGUAUUAUUUAGAUGAAGAAGAUACUGAAGAAGGACCAUACACAGACAAUAAGAUCCUCUAUUGGUUGAAAACCAAAAAGUUUAAUAAUAAUCUACAGUUGCGACAUAAAUCACAGUUUAAAUAUCAUCCAAUAGUCUCACAUCCCUUGUUUAUUUAUGUUAUACAACAACAUUCUGAAAAAGAUAAGAAAAACACUGAAGAAAAUGCCAAUGACAAUAACCAACAACAAUCAGAGACAACAACUACACAGCAACAAACAUUUAGUUACGAGAGUCCUUAUAGUGCAUCUACUAGAUAUCAUCCUUAUACAAAACAACAAACAACAACAACAAAUUCGACUUCAACAAUAACAAAUUUUACAACUACUACUAUAGAUCCAACUUCAAAUAGUUAUCAAAACUAUGAAAUUAGUGGUGUUUUCAAUAGAAAAACAGUUAUCAUUAAUAAAAAUAAUAGUAUUAGUAGUAUUAGAUUAGUUGAUCAAAUAGAGUACUCAAACACUUGUAGAAAGAGUAGUGGACUUCUCUUGUUUAUUGCUGUUGUUUUGUUUCUUCUGACAGUUGGUGAUGGUACUAGUUCAUUUGUAAAUGCAGAGAAGAUCCGAAUUAUAGAGGACAGAGAUGGACAUCAUCUGUCUACACCUGCAAUCAUAAAGGAUGCCAAUUAUUACGAACAAUUCAUGGCUGACGAUUCAACGGCGACUUCUACAAACAACCCUGCAACAAGCAGUGGUAGCAGCAGCAGCAGCAGCAGCAGCAGCAGUAGCAGUGGAACAGGUGGUGGUUCAUCAUCAGCUCCCAGCAGCAGUAGUAGUAGUAGCAGUAGUGGAACAGGAGAAACAGAUGGUGCUACAACCACUAAAAACAUAACAACAACAGCAACAACUGGUGGUGUAACAACAGAUGACCCUACAACAACAAAAAAUAGCACAACCACUACUGCAACAACCGAUAAUUCUACCACUGGAACCGGUGUAUCUAGCAGUACCACUGGUGGUGGAUCUACCUCGGAUGACUCUACAACAUCAACAGCAACCACUGAGACAACAACAGGAACAGGUACUGCAGAUACUACAGGAACAGCAGACUCUACCUCUACCGCAUCAACCACUGGAUCAGGAACAUCAACAACUGGUACAACAACAGGUACAACUACUGGACCAACACCACCUCCAACCAGAACACCUACACCAACACCCAAUCCACCUUGCCAAGCUUGUCUAGAAGGAACCUACUACAAUAACAAUACAAUCGAUUCAAAUUGUACAUUGUGUGACGAUGGAUACUGUAGCAAUGCUGCUUGGUGUGUUCAAUGUGCAGCGGGAACCUAUAACAACGAAGAGGGUGCUGCCAACUGUAUGGCUUGUCCACCGGGUAAGAUCUCUGCACUCGAAGGACAAACCAGCUGUAAUCCAUGCGAACCCGGUAUGACAAGCAAUGCUGACAACACAAUUUGUAUAAGUUGUCCAGCCGGUACAUCAUCGCAAAGCGGUGAGAUUUGCCAAGAUUGUCCAGCAGGUCAGUACAGUGGCAAAGGAGCAUCGCUUUGUACUCAAUGUCAAGAGGGUACCUACAACAGUGUGCCAGGUUCCGCUGCAUGCUCUGAUUGUGGCGUUGGUUAUUACAACCCAUUGAUCGGUCAGAAAUCAAGAAACAACUGUGUGGUUUGUCCCGCCGGUAAAUACUGUCCCAGUCAAGCCACUCAACUCCCUCUGGAUUGUCCUGACGGACACUAUUGUCCAUCGGGUAGCUCCAGCCCAUCUCAGUGUGGAACAUUGUUCCAGGCAGGUCCAAUGUCAUCGCGUUGCUCACCAAACAAGUGGCUCUAUAUCAUUGUCAUCGGUGUAGUACUUGUGUUAUUGAUCGUAUCAUUCUCGAUCUGGCGUGUCAAGCAAAGUCAGAAACAAAAACAAUUACAACUCACCAAAGAAGUAGAGAGAUUAAUUCCCAAACCAAUGGAUGGACCAGAAUAUGGUGGUUUCUAA